AUGAAAGGGGAUGGUAGUUAUUUAGUAUUUAUUCAGAAAGGGAAGCCAGUUCCAACAAAAGGGGUUAUAAUUCAAGUCAAUGACCCAUACUACAUAGAUAUCAAUUUGGAAAUUCUUCAAUUAGAACGUUCAACUAGUACUGUUCCAAACAAGUAUGCUCUAUUGCACGGAGACAGUCCUGGUAUGACUUAUAAUAUAGACUCCAGUGAUUUGUCAUAUAAUACUAUCAGAAAAAUUGGGGUAGAAUAUGAGCAUAUUAGCAAUCAUUUAUCUAUCAAAGUAUCAAGAGGAUGCAUGAGUGAUAUUAAUGACUAUAUUGAUUAUACCUAUUACAAAACCGUAAAUAUCAUCGAGCCAUUGACACUUACUUAUAUUUAA